UUUUUUACACUUUUAAACAGAUUCCUGCCUUAAAUCUGCAACAGGGCGCAGCUGUAACUGUGACCUUUUUUUGUACAACCCAAGUGUGGGCAAACAGCUGUAUGGUAUCUGUUCAGCGGGAAAUGAUGUUGCAGGGUUUCCUGUUUAGAUGGUUUUCCUUGCUAUGCCUAUGCUGUUUUUGUUUUGUUUCAGGGUAGCCAGCAAAAGGGGAUAUGAAUAUCGUCUGUGGUCUAAAGUUUCCAAGCGGGAACUGUAUUUUCUUUCAUUUGACUUCUUUGACCAAACGGGGGAAAUGCAAUAACCUCUAUAGGUCUUGUGCAAGACACUGCCCAAUUCGAGUCAGUUGUGUACUAGAUAGAUGCCGAAGGCUAGAUUUGAGUGGAAAUACUAGAAACUGGUUUUUGACUGGAAACCCUAACUACUAUGGAAACUCAUUUGGUAAAGGACCGAGGCAUCUUUUGAAUGUUGUAAAUACAGAACUUUGCAAGAAUGCACACCACAUUUCUGCAAGAUCUUGCUUCCGGUCUUCUCAGCCUCUGGUGGAGAAGAGCGCAUCCCUCCAAAUCAGUUCUCUUGUGCAACUCCCAAAUUGUUUUUCUGCUUGGAACGCCCGGAUCAUCAGAUUUUUCCACGUAUCACCGUCAUUUCAGGCUGCUCCAGUUCCUCUUUUCUGGAUUAUCAUUAAACCAGCUCAGAAAUUAUUUGCUAUCAUUCUUGGCAGGAGCAUAAGAAGCUGGUGGAAGGCACUUCCUCCUAGGAAACGGGAACUCUUCAAAGAAAGUGCAAGGAAAAAUAAAUGGAAGAUACUCCUGAGUGUCAGUAGCUUAGGAGUUUUAUUUAUCGUGUUUUAUUUUACUCACUUGGAAGAGACACCAAUCACAGGGCGUGCUCGGCUGUUGGUGUUUGGAAAAGAACAUUUUAGGGAACUGUCACAGAUGGAGUAUGAUAUGUGGAUGAUGGAGUUCAAAAAUAAAAUGUUACCUGAAACAGAUGCACGCUAUCAGGUUGUAGAAAGAGUUGUUGGUCAUUUAUCUGAAAGCAAUAAGGACAUCCCACAGGUCUCUCAGCAGAAGUGGGUUAUCCAUGUGGUUGAAGAACCAGGUGUAAAUGCUUUUGUGCUUCCGAAUGGACAAGUAUUUGUUUUCACAGGAUUGCUAAACGCAGUUUCUGAUAUUCACCAGUUGUCUUUCAUUUUGGGACAUGAAAUAGCUCAUGCUGUGCUGGAACAUGCAGCAGAGAAGGCCAGUCUGGUUCACUUCUUGGAUUUCCUAUCACUCAUCUUUCUCACUAUGAUUUGGGCCAUCUGUCCUCGUGAUAGUUUGGCAGUUGUUGGCCAGUGGAUUCAGGGCAAGUUGCAGGAGUUUAUUUUUGAUAGACCAUACAGCAGGACAUUGGAAGCUGAAGCUGAUAAAGUGGGACUUCAGUUUGCAGCAAAGGCUUGUGUGGAUGUAAGAGCAAGCAGUGUAUUUUGGCAGCAGAUGGAAUUAGCAGAAACCAUUCAAGGGCAGCCCAAGCUACCAGAGUGGCUUUCCACCCACCCUUCUCAUGAAAAUAGAGCUGAACAUUUAGACCGGCUUAUCCCAGAGGAAAAGUAUACUGUGAGCUCCUCAGUCAGUUACUGUCGUCUUAAUGAUGCUACAGUGAUGCAGGCAUGAAACAAAAUGGCAGCAGCCAACUGAGCUAAUGAAGAACACCAACUACAUAGGGUUAAAACUCUCAUACCCUUCGCAAACAUGCAUCUGAAGACUACUUUGACUAGAGUGUGUAGUCAUAUUUAUCUUUAACAGUGAGAUGAUAUGUUAACAUAGCUUUUUGUUCUCGGACUAUAGUCUCUUUAAUGGCAUAUGAGUUGAUGUGUUAAACUGGCACCUCCUUCCCUCUUGGACAGCUUUAUGUGUAGCAAGAAAGCAAAGAGAUCCACAGGGUAAAAGUGUUAACACUGAAGUAUUGUUUUUGACCUUUGAUGUGGUGACUUUGGUAUUUUAAAUAAGUGAAACCACGGAAAUAAGCCAGGCACUGUGUAGCCAAGAAAACCAGAGAUUUAAAAUUGCUAAAUUAGUUUAAAAGAGGAUUACAUUGCACUUUCCAGGAUACAGCCUAAAUCUUUAUACUUCCAUUUGCCUUGAAUAAUGCUGCUUGACAUUAAUGCAGUCUUGCAGCAGCUUAUGUUCUGGAAGAGAACAAGGGAAAACUUUUGAUUUGUCAUAAAUGUCAGUUGAGAAAUUAAUUGGUCACUGAAGCAGAAGAGAGUUCAGAGGUAUGGUUACAUUUGAUGACUACAUGGACCGUCACCUUUAUAGAAAAACAAAUACUGAAAGCAUUAUUCUUACUGUUUUAAAGAGCUAGACAAUUGCCUAAUCCAGACGUGUGUAUCCAGUGACGUAAACAUUAUGUUUCAGCAAUAGACAGCUGAGAAAACUCUUGUUAUGUUUCUGGAAUGUGCCUUUUUCUAAAAACUGGUUGUUGCUUUUUAAUUCUGUUUGUUUCUAGGCAUUUGCAAGAAAUUCUUACCAGUUUACUGUAUGAAAGUUAGGGAGAAAUAUGUAUUGGUACCUCCUUAUACAAAGAGAUUAGUUAAGAGGUACUGUUCUUCGAUUUUAAAAAGUUGCAGUAAGCUGCUCCCACUCACUGUCUUUGGUGAAAAGGUACGAAAUAGCUUUAGAAUGAUGAGCCAAUCUUUCUGCAUAGGUGCACUGGAAAGGGAGGAUACCUGCCAUAUAGGGAGUUACAGGCAAACAACUGUAUCUGCAUAGACUCUGCAUUAUUUAAAUUUAAAUAGGUAUAAUUUAUUAGGUAAAGGUAUAUUUAAACAGGUAUAGCCAAAACUAGUACAUUAAAAAAAAUAAGGCGGAAUUUGAAUUUGCUUUAAGUGCAGUGAUAGGAAUGCUGUGAAAACUGUUACCUUCCUCCUCCUCUUUCAUCCAUCCAGAGCAAAUUAACAAUCCCUGACACGUUUUGACACAGUCCCCAAUACUGGUCAGCAGGCACCUGUCUACAGCUCAGGACAGCUAUCACCAUUACUGUUCAAGAACGCCCGGUUAUGAAGGAAAAUGGAGUAAAGUAUACAUACAAACUUACUUUCCCAUGAAAAGAUUAAAAAUAAAACUGGAUGCUCAUCUGCCCACAGGAGUAUACUUUUAACUGAGACUAAGAUACAGUUAACAUUACACAAAAGUGACCAUGACACUGGUUAAUGCUUAAAUAUCAGAUUAGAUUUUGACUUCUUUUUUGUGCUGUUUCAUUAAACCAAUGGGUUUUGGUGUUUCAUUUUGCAAGUCUUGAAAAAAUAGUUCUCAGGGGAAAUGUAGAACCCUCUAAAAUCCUGCAAAUAAUAGUUCUCUAUGUAACAUAUAGAAACUUGCUUAUGCAAGUUAGCUUACGUGGAUUUGAGAAUCCAUGGAUAUUAGUGAGUCUGUAGACAACUGGUUGGAAAGUACUACACCCAACUGAGUUCUGUGGUAUCUGUUUUUAGCUAUAAAACGUGCUGCCUGUUUGUGUGGGCUAGUGAAAGUAUGUUUAACUUCAUUAAAUUGGACACCAACUUGAGUGCCCUUUAAAACAGGGGACUGUUUAUACUAUGUUGUAUCAGUUUCUUCACAAUACUUUUGAGUGAUGAGAUUCAUCUCUUUUCAUGCCUUUCUCAGAUUGCCUACAAGGCACGGUGAUCUGUGAACCAGAACACAAAGCAGGGGGGGGACUGCAAGAAGACUGUGCUAAGGGAUUUUGAUACUCUGGGAAAUCCUUUAACUCCUUUGUGCCUCUACUUUCUAAUCUGUAAAAUGGAAAUAGUGAUGCUUUAAUUCUUUAGUGAGCAGAAGUAAUUAAAGUUUGAUUUCCUAGUGCUCAUCUCUUAAUCCAGAUAUAUUUUUAUAUUCUAGGAACAUUUUUUUUCUGGGAACACUUGGGAGUUGUGUGUUCAAAUGUUUCUUGGAGAUGAGAUCACUUGUGCAACUGGACCUUGACUAUAUUGAUUGACCCUCUGGAUCUCUGUGCUAAACAGUUACAUGUCUGUUAUGUUACUGACGUUUUUUUUUCCCCUCCUCUUUUGAGUCAGAUACGUAUAUGCAGUUAUUUCAAUAAUGAAACCUAUCUGAUGAAGUAGAUUACUCUCAAUCCUUUUUUCUUGAGUCAUUUUAAUUCCCAUGUGAAUAUGGGAGAAAGGUACUGCUGUGAACGAAUGUCACAUGACAUAGUUCAAAAACUUCAUAUUUGCCUACGUGGUCCUUCUUAGAGCAUCCAUUCUUUGGGAGACUGGCUGAGAAAACAUUUUUUCAUUCAUCUUCUUUCAUUCUUUUCAUUGUUAUACCACAUCAAAUGUUACCUUUCUUCCCAAGAAUUCUUGAUUUCUCUUGAAAAACUGUUUGAUAACAACUCUGUUGACUUUAAUAUCAUACUCACUAAACUUUAGGUAGCGAAUGUAGACCAUACUGGAAAGCUAAACAACUGACUGAAAUUUUGUUUUUCUUUUUUUAAGUGAGCUUGAUUUAUUUUCCUAUGUAUUCACAGGCUCUUAAAGUAAGAGAGAGCUGCAAUUGCCCAUCUCUUUCUGGACCCGAUCCUCGCCUCAUUUUCAGACUUAACAUGCAACAUCUCCUGGAA